AUCAAAGUUUCAUCUCCCUCUUCAGGUAAAGUCUUCAAGUCCCUGCUGACGUCACGCGCAGGGAUAGGCUGCGUCACGUGGUACAACUUUCCAAACCUGUGUGUGUGCUUGUUUUCCGAAAAAAAAUGUAGGGAAACAAAAACCUCUUUGAGAGUGGAAAAGGCCUUUGGAUUGACAUAUAUCAAAUGAAGUUUUACACACUAAACUCAAGGCCAAUGUUAACUAUGCUUAAGGAAGAACGUAACAUGGAGAUUGUUGUUUUCUUUAUUUUAUGCUGUUGACGCAGCGUUAGUAGUCUAUGAUUACCCAAUCAGACGUCUAGUUCUUAACCAGGGAUAAUCGCAAAUUCUGGAGGAGUUUCCAUUCGGCGUUGUGUCCGAAACAUGCCCCACUACUACGACGGAUCCUCAGGCUCGCUUCCGAGUCUUCACGACUUGACUGAUUACAGGACAUCUGACUCUUUAUACUCCGAACCACUUCCACCACCUCCCCUACCGGACCAGCCACCGAUAGGCCCUGAAUUUGACCCUAGUGGAAGUGAGGACAACGAGGACUCGGCUAUCGACAUCAAACCCGUCCACCGUUUCAUCCCAGACUCAUGGAAGAACUUCUUCAGGUCCAGCAGCAGAAGCAGCAAGCUGAAAUCAAUGUUGGGUUCGAAUGAAAAGAACACGACCACUAACGGCGUUCGUUGUUCUCCGCCGCACUCGCCGUCAGUUCCCGGUUCCUAUCGCGACCCGUACGGCGGAUCCGGAGGCAGCUAUAACUCGCGUAAAGAGCGCGAAGCAAUGCUGUUGGGCGGCAACCCUGUAGAGUCUAUUGGUGGCCAUACAGCUUUGACAUACAGCGAAAAAGUUGAGGAAUACAACCAGCGCUACGCCUACAUGAAGUCUUGGGCUGGACUUUUACGUAUUCUAGGUUGCGUCGAGCUGCUUCUUGGAGCAGCGAUUUUUGCUUGCGUUUGUGCCUACAUUCAUAAAGACAAUGAGUGGUAUAACAUGUUCGGAUACUCGCAGCCUGGUGGGGCUUACGGAGGAGGUUAUGGAAGUUAUGGAAGUUAUGGAGGUUAUGGAGGCAACGCCUACUACACCGGACCCAAGACGCCAUUCAUCCUAGUAGUGGCGGGAUUGGCGUGGAUAGUAACCGUUAUCAUACUUGUCUUGGGAAUGACCAUGUACUAUCGAACUAUCCUUCUGGAUUCAAGUUGGUGGCCUUUAACGGAGUUCUUCAUAAACCUGGCUCUGGCGAUCAUGUUUUUGGCGGCAGGUUGUGUGUAUGUGAAUGACACCAUUCGAGGUGGACUCUGCUACUAUCCGUAUUUCAAUAACGGCAUCAAUGGCGCUUUCUGUCGCACUGAGGCUGGGCAGACGGCUGCCAUUAUUUUCCUGUUCUUCACCAUGAUUGUGUACUUGGUCGGAGCCAUAGUGUGUCUGAAACUGUGGCGGCACGAAGCGGCUCGGCGACUACGAGAACGUAACGGGCAGGAGAUGCAGACAAGAGAUUCUCCUGCUGAUGUGCAUUUGGUUGUUGAUGGUGCAAGGGAGCCGAUGCCAGUCUCAGCGCCGGUACAGCACACACAAACUGCCGCCCCUGCUGCCUCCAAGCCCAAAGUUGUGAAAGGCCAUAUUCCGGCUGGACUCGCUCCUAAACCUGUGAUAAUGCCGGACUACAUUGCUAAAUAUCCAGCUAUCCGAACGGAUGAGCAGCGGGACCAGUAUAAAGCCGUUUUUAACGACCAGUAUUCUGAGUAUAAAGAACUGCAUGUAGAAGUUCAGGCGAUACUGAAGAAGUUUGAUGAGAUGGAUGUGAUGAUGCAGAAUUUGCCGCAAAACCCCACCAGCCACAUGGAGCGUGAUCGCAUCAGCAAAAUCCUGCAGGAAUAUCAGAGAAAGAAGAUGGAUCCUUCAUUUCUGGAGAAGAAGGAAAGAUGUGAGUAUCUGAAGAGCAAACUCUCGCACAUCAAGCAGAGGAUUCACGAGUACGACAAAGUCAUGGGCUGGAACGACGGUUACGGCUGAAACUGGCAGCACUUUGUUCAAUCCUGCUCAGACGGUCCUUCAUUUUCAUGGGACAUCGUAUUACACUGAACAUGUGACCACUGCAUCUGCAGAGCCAUGCUGGUCUGGAUUUAUAUUACAAACAGUAAUCCAAUGAGGGAUCGAUAACUUGCAUGCUCUUAAUGUACGUGCUGAGCCUUGAGCACUGACUGAAAAUACUUUCUUUUACAUUUUAUAUUUCAUAAUGCUGACUCAAAGUGCAUGAAAUGUAAAAAAAAACACUGUUUUCAGUUUGUGUAUGUAUGCAGAUCUGCAAAUCUGAUUUUAUGCACUGUUCAAUUCAUUUUUCUACUACUGUGUUGAAGUUCUAUAUUUGAUCUGAAACAGCCUUGUCCUUUUAUAUUCAGUGUUGUAAAUGCAUUUUGACAAAUCGAAUAUGUGAUUUAUAUGCAAAUACUGUAAAGAGUGAAAAGUCUAAGCAUUUCAUGCAAAUUUGCUGUAAUUGAGAUAAUCUUUUAAUAAAAAAAAGUCUGGUCAGGGUGCACUUUAGACACAACAGA